CCUGUGUGUCCAUCUUAUCUGCUGCACAUGGAUCAAAGUGCAAGAGGCGCGCGGGGACGGUAACGAGCGUUCAGAUGCACGAGCAGUGAGGCGCUCAACAGACCUGCUGCAAUGACCGUCGGCCGAGGAGAUUUAAACGGUGCAGUUGCAGAGCUUAAGAAAGAAGAACAGAAAUCACAAUGGAAGCUGUUUAUAGAGGAUAUAAGUGUCUUACAGCUGGUGUUGAGCUUCUUGUUCAUGGGUUUAUCAUGUCUGCUGCUGAUGCUCUACCUGAUGUUCACGUCUCUGUGGCCAAUCCCAACUCUGUACUUCACCUGGCAGAUCUAUGACUGGCAAACACCACACAGAGGUGGUAGAAGAACUGAGUUUGUGAGGAGCUGGGCAGUAUGGAAACACUUUAAAGAGUACUUCCCAGUAAAGCUGGUGAAGACAGCAGAACUGAACCCUGAUAAGAACUACAUUUUGGGUUGCCACCCACAUGGCAUCAUGAGCAUGGGCGCGUUCUCCUGCUUCAGUACGGAGGCCGGUGGCUUCCCGCAGGCUUUCCCGGGAAUGCGCGCCUCGCUGGCCAUACUGGCCGGAGUCUUCCGCAUGCCGAUAUUCAGAGAAUACAUCCUGUUCGCAGGUCUGCUGCCGGUGAAUAAGCAAAGUCUGGAGUACAUGCUGAGCAAAGCUGGGGUGGGUAACGCCGUGGUCAUCAUCAUCGGAGGAGCCGAGGAGUCGCUGGCAUCCUCUCCCGGAGUGAACACCGUGGUCAUGAAGCAGAGGAAGGGCUUCGUUCGACUCGCUCUGGAGAACGGGGCCGACCUGGUUCCAGUCUAUUCGUUCGGGGAAAACGAGCUCUUCCCACAGGUGCUGCUGUCCGAGGGCAGCGUGGGUCGCAAGCUUCAGGCUCUGUUCAAGCAGGUGAUGGGUUUCGCCCCAUGCCUCUUUACCGGGGGGCGCUGGCUGCUCCUUCCCUACAGGAGACCGAUCAUUACAGUGGUUGGCAGUCCCAUCUCUGUCCCACACGUUCCUGUUCCGUCUGAAGAGCAGGUGGAUCACUACCACAAACUGUACAUGGAGUCUCUGUCCAAACUCUUCCACGCACACAAAACCAGCUCGGGACUGGCCGACACCCACCAGCUACGCAUCAUCUAAUCAACGCACACCAGUAUGGACAGAUUUUAGGACUAAAAGUGCCUUCGCAACAAACGUUUAUGUAUAUAGAACAGAUGUACGCCUCACCAGCUCGUGAGCGGGUUAGUCUUAUCUACUUAGCGUUAUAACAAUUCCAGUCUGUACGUGGCUUUAUAGUGCAGACGAUCUGCAUCAUGCUCAUUUUAAAUGCGCAAGAAUUGAGAUUGAAAAAUACAGGAACAAAAUGAAAUUGUGAUGGUUUAAUCUGUACGGUUUAUCAAACACAAAAGUCUGACUGUUAGGAAUCUGUAGGUGACGGCAAAUCCAGUCUUACUUCAUGUUAAUACUGUAAUGUGACAAUUAUUUAAUGUAAAUAAUCGAUGCUUUUGAACUUUGGUCUGGAUGGACGGCAAAAUGGAUCCUUGACCAGAUCAAGCCUGUAAAAAGACAUUUAUGCUUGGGAGGACUGAAGAUAGAAAACAGAAGAGGACGGCCAGUAACAGGAUAGAUGGAUACCAUUGGAGGACCAAGGAACAAGCCUACUGACCAAACAUCUGGAAAAACACCAUCCACAUGGUCGCCAGGAGCCUUGACAUGACAGCACUGAAUUACAAUAAGAACAAUAAACUAAUAAUAAUAGA